AUGUAUGUGGCGGUCAAAGGCGGCGAAAAGGCGAUCCGCAAUGCGCACCGGCUGCUCGCCGAUCGCCGGCGCGGCGACCGGUCCGUUCCGGCGCUGACGCUGGCGCAGAUCGCAGGCCAGUUGGCGCUCGCUGUCGACCGGGUGAUGAGCGAGGGCGCGCUCUAUGACCGCGACCUGGCCGCGCUGGCGGUCAAGCAGGCGCGCGGCGACAUGAUCGAGGCGAUCUUCCUGGUGCGCGCCUAUCGCACCACGCUGCCGCGUUUCGGCUAUUCCGAGCCGGUCGACACCGGCGCGAUGCACAUCGAACGGCGCAUCUCGGCGACCUACAAGGACCUGCCGGGCGGCCAGAUGCUCGGGCCGACCUUCGAUUACACCCACCGGCUUCUCGACCCUGAGCUUGCCGGCGAUGCCGAAGUGCCGGAUGCCGCGCGCCGCCAGGGCGAACCGGCCCGCGCCAUGCGCGUCUCGGACAUUCUGGCCGAGGACGGGCUGAUCGAGGGCGACGGCGAUGCGGCAACGGAGAUGCCCGGCGACAUCACCCGCGAACCGAUGGAAUUUCCGAUGCAGCGCGACACGCGCCUGCAAUCCCUCUCGCGCGGCGAUGAGGGGUUCCUGCUGGCGCUCGCCUAUUCCACCCAGCGCGGCUAUGCGCGCUCUCACCCGUUCGCCGGCGAGAUCCGCAUCGGCGAAGUGGAGGUGGCUGUCGAUAUGCCCGAGCUCGGCUUUGCGGUGACCAUCGGGCGCGUCCAGCUCACCGAAUGCCAGAUGAUCAACCAGUUCAAGGGCUCGUCCAAGGCGCCGCCGCAGUUCACGCGCGGCUACGGCCUCGUCUUCGGCCAGUCCGAGCGCAAGGCGAUGGCCAUGGCCCUGUGCGACCGCGCCAUGCGGGCGCGCGAACUGGGCGAGGACAUCGUCGCGCCGGCCCAGGACGAGGAGUUCGUCAUCUCCCACUGCGACAACGUCCAGGCCUCGGGCUUCGUCGAGCAUCUCAAACUGCCGCAUUAUGUCGACUUCCAGGCCGAACUGGAGCUGGUCCGCACCAUGCGCGUCGAACAUGAGAGCCGGCGCGAUGCGGGCGAAACCGCAGCGGAGGCAGCCGAAUGA